ACCGGUGCAUUGCUCCCACCCAUCAACAUGGGCUUUCUGGUGGUCAUUCAUUAAACAGUUAAACAAACUGGUAGUACCAGCUCUCUCCGGUUUUAUCCGGUUGGGUCAAUUUUCUCGAGAAAAUCUCUUUCAUUCAUUUUCCCUGGAAACAAACACUCACCAAUCCCCGAUGCCAACCCUUCUUCUUCCCUCCCGCCGCGGCUUCACUUCAAUUUCAUCAUGGUAGUUGGCAUCUGCCGCCCUCGGACUUCCCCUUGGGAUCCGUCAAUGGAUCGAUGCUUCCAGAUUUUCCCCUGCCUCGUCGAUCCUGUUCAAAGGUCUACGUUGUGCUUGAAGCUUGCCUUAGUAGUGAUUCACCUGGUUUAUGUUGGUGUUAUCUUCUUAUUUGAUGGAGAUUUGAUAGAAAAAACUAAGAAGGAACCGUGGUACACUGCUAUAUACUUGCUGCUGUACAUUGUUACUCUAAUACAAUACUUUUCUACCUCUAUUUCCUCUCCAGGCUACGUUGUUGAUGCCAUGAGUGCUGUUAAUAAGAAAAAUGCAGUAUACACAAAGACACCAGAAACAUCAAAUCAACCAGCUUCGAGCAGAAAUGGGAGCUUCACUAUUGACAUGGAGGGAAAUCAAACUGGAAGAAAUAAUUUAGGAAGUAAUGCAACAUAUUGGUCAAAGUUGGUGGCAGAAUUGUAUCCUCUUCCAACAACAAUCAGAACAUGGUCAUGCACCUAUUGCGGCGUGGAGCAGCCUCCACGAGCAAAGCAUUGUCAUGAUUGUGACAAGUGUGUUCUUCAGUUUGAUCAUCAUUGUGUUUGGCUUGGUAAUUGCAUUGGCCAGGGUAAUCAUUGUCAAUUUUGGUGGUACCUUUGUGAAGAGACAGCACUCUGCAUCUGGACCUGUGUCUUGUAUAUUUCAUACCUGAAGGAUCACAUUACAAGUGUUUGGUGGCAGGAUGCGAUCAUGAUACUACUCUUGAUCAUUUUGUCAAUUUGUAUUGUCUUUCUGCUUCUCCUACUGCUAUUUCAUAGUUAUCUCAUUCUGACAAAUCAAACUACGUAUGAGCUCGUAAGGAGAAGACGGAUUCCUUAUCUAAGGUCAAUUCCAGAAAGAGUGCAUCCAUUCAGUAAAGGAAUUUGUAGAAAUAUAUACAACUUCUGCUGUGGAAGUAGAAGCUUCUUCGGUAUGGAGCCACUACCCACCCCUCAAGAGAUAGAGGAAAAGUCAAAACCGUACACAUGCUCGGAUGUUGCAACUUGUCGAUGUUGCUGAUGGUUGAAGUGUUGUAUAAGUAGAGAAGUCUUUUCCUCAACCGUUAAAUUGUGAGAAACAGAGUAUGUCAUGUAUGGGUUUGAUUAGAUGGGUAGGCGUUAACUUUAGGCUAUUUGGGAUAUAAUUCAUCUUGUUCUGUUAUUCAUUCUUUGCUUAAUUUUUGGAGGUUGAUGUCUCAAGUGUUGAUGUACAGUUACAUACAGUGCUGGUGUGUUCUUUUGCUUAUAUAGUUGUUAGUUUUUAGAUCUGGUUGCUAUCUAGCUAUUAUCAAACUGACUUUUGUCUGGAACCCAAGGGACAUAUAUUACUAUGUUACAAGUA